UAGAAAUACACCUACGUCAGUCAGUCGUUCAUUUGCAUUGUGAAACUUUUUAUAAUUAUGGCUCAUUAAGUAUUUUUUUAAUUGAUGCCCAUGCUUGACAAGACGUAAGGUUGGGAAUCGUUACCUCUGAUGCUAAUAAACAGGUAACAUGUCAUUGCUUAGCCAGGCUGUGUUAAAUAACAACGUGGCGUAAAGGUAACCUGCAGCAUCAACAUUUUUUUAAACCCGAAGAGGGAAAAGCUGCCCCAAAAACUGCGAUUUUUUUUUACAUAAAGGACGUCUCUUUAGUUAGUCAUUGUCAGCAUGUCUUACUUGGAAUGGGCUGAGUGUCAGCUUGCAGAGAUAGAGCUGCUGACGAGCAUGUUUCCCACCCAGGAGGAGCUGGAGAUCACAGACCAGCUGGCAGUAGCUGAGCUCAGGGACUAUGUGGAGGGUUCCGAUUCAACAGACAGCCCUCCUCCCUCCAGACCGCAGUUCCUCAUCAAACAGAAGAUAGAGAGGGCUGAUGUCAUUCUGUCUUGUGCUUAUCCAUCUGAAUAUCCCAGUGUGCUACCCGAGAUCACAGUAAGGUGCUCCGAUCUGAGCAGAGCCCAGCAGACUCAGCUCCAUGCAGAUCUCAACACAUACCUCUUGGAAAACUGCCAGGGGGAAGUGUGUGUGCUCUCUGCUGUGGACUGGGUGAAAGACAACCUGCAGCUCUUUAUUAGUAAGAGUUUAUCAGCAGCACCUUCUAAAAAAGAGCCUGCUUCUCCACAAUCAGGGGAAGUGUUCAGCCGACUGUGGAUUUACAGCCACCACAUCUACAACAAGACCAAGAGAAAGAGCAUCCUGGAGUGGUCCAAGGAGCUGGACCUUUCUGGAUUUAGCAUGCCUGGGAAGCCUGGCAUUGUGUGCGUGGAAGGUCCUCAAUCUGCCUGCGAGGAGUUCUGGUCCAGAGUGAAGGUUCUGACAUGGAAGAAGAUCAUGAUUCGACAUAGAGAGGACAUUCCCCUUGAUCAUCAGGGUGAGGACAGCAGAACUGUUCAAAGUAUAGACUCCCUGCGCAAAUUCACAGGCUUUGAAGAGGCAAUGUUUGACCCCCAUGGGAACCGAGGUAAUCACAUGGACCUUGGACAGCUGUACCAGUUUUUAAAUGAAAAGGGCUGUUGUGACGUCUUUCAGAUGUAUUUCGGCAUUGAAGGGAGGUAGUUGAUGGAACAACAAAGAAAGGUAUAUUACUUCUUCCUUUUCAUAUGCUUCCUUUUUUUUUUUGUUUUCGAAAAUAAGCUUUAAUGUAAUUUGAAAUGCAUUCAUUACAGUUGAAGAGGAUUUUUGUGUUUCACAUGAGCACAUAUAAAUGGAUGCUGGGCAUAGAGUCAUAAGUGCUUGAUAAAUAAAUCACCUUUUUAUGGAUGCUGCUCAGGGACUUCGUUGAGAUAAAAGAAAGAACAUGUCUGCAAUUUGGAGAAACAAAGUCCUCACUUUCUUUAGCUAAUAGGUAUGUUUUUUAGAAAAGGUUGCAUUAAAAUGUGCUCUCUUUCUCAGAGUUU